CAAUGUAAUUACUCAUUAUAACUGUAAUUAACAUAAAUACUUUUUUAAUUUCAUUACUGUAAGAUGUAAAAUUAGAUAAUAAUAAAAAGUUAUAGUGUUCAGGAGAAAAAAAGGCCACGUAUCCGUAUCUACAGGCAGUAUGUGAAGUAGUGGGUCCCCAAAAAUACGCGCGUGGCCCCACUCUCCAAAACGGCCCAAUUAGCCGUUGGCAAUCGAACCUCGUCACGCUCUUGUUACGGUCUCUCUUCUUCCUCUUUUCCAUUUCACACAGACUUUACACAACAACACACACUCACCUUAAGCAACACAGUGCAUUCCCAACAAAACAUGGGUUUCUACGACUUCUCCGACACCGACAACGAGUCCGCCAUAGAAGAAAUUAUCUCACUGGCCCAAGAUGCAUGCGUGUUGGACCAACUCUCCGUCAUCAACUGCGCCGGAAUCACCAACUCCGUCCUCCCUUCCCACCUCGAAACCCGUUUCCGCAACCUCAAAUCCUUUCCACCAACCAAAGCUCGCACAUUUCCCACCCCCACUUCAAGAAACGAAGCAAGUUUCAAUUUUUCGCCCUCCAAACAGAACCCAGAUUCUGGGUACACUUCUUCGCAUGACAAAAAGGGAGUGGAAGAAAAAUCUAAAGAUGAUUCUGUUUCUUCGCCCCCUUUUACCCCUUCUUCCUCUGAGAAAAGUUCCAUGUCUUCCAUUUUCAAACCGGCGCAAAAGGACGGUUCCAAAAAGCACUCUCCUUUGCGGUCUUCAAGUUCCCCUUCUCCUUCGCCUCCUCGGAGGAGGGGUUGCUUGUGGUGCUCUCCCAAGAAGAAGGAGCAGAAGAAGAAAAGUAAGGAGAAUUGGGGUGACGAGAUUUUGUCUUCAUUGGGAAGCUUCUCCAUCAAGGAGCAGCAGAAGAUGCUGAAGAAGGCGAUGAAGGAAGAAGAGAAGGUUAGCCGCGAGGCUGAAAAGAUCGUGCAGUGGGCCAAGCUAGCAUCUGCAAGAAUGAACGCUUCUGACAUUGAUGAUGAACUCAGUGAUUGAAGCAUUGAAUUUUGGGGUCUCUAUCACUUUACUCUUCUGAUGUUCAGAUAAAAGAAAAGCAAAAUUGUAUUUGUUGUCUUGUUUUUAUGGGGGGACAGUGGGUCUGUCAAUUUCAUUUUGCAUAUUGUUCCCAAUAUUGCGUUUGUUAUACUUUGCAUCAAUAUAAAGAUUUUACAUAGUUUGUGGAUUACCUCAUUUGGCUGUAUUGAGUUUAUACAAAUGAUAAUAGAGAUGUUUUUUUUGCAAUGUUAUUUCGAUUUGGUGUAUUUUAGAUGUUAUAUUACUCUAUUCGUAGCUUUACUAUAGUUUGCAGAUUGGUAAUAUGUCGCGGAUUAAGUGGUGUAAUAUUCUUUGUUCCAAUUUGAUGUUUGUUUUGGACUUCAAUCUUAUGUGUCAAGGUUAUAUGAUUAACCAUAAGCAUAAUUUAGUUUUCUGAGUCGUUAUGAACUUUAAAAUAUAUAUUGCACUGAUUUUCAAUUUAGUUUGUGGGUAGGGGGACUUCGAUUAUGUACAAUUAUUUUUUAAUACUGUCCUUUGCUAUAUACAUUAAAAAAAAUUGUAACGAAUAGAAAUAAAAGUACAAUAUUAUAUGCCUUUCAUGACAUUCUUAACUUUAUCUUAUUUAUUUCAUACUCGAUCUCAUCUUUGUGCAUGCGAUGGCAAGUCAUGUCACUGUUGCCAUACGGCAUAUUUCGGAGGUGCUGGUUACAAGGAAAUUAUCUAAACAUUCUUGAUAGUUUAACUUUGUCCUCUUGGAAGUUAACACGAUGAAAAAGAAAACCAUAUAUGAAUUUAUCAGACUUUCUGCUCUCUUUUUCUGUCCAAAGAGACCUGUUUGGCUAGAAGUACAUCAGCCGAAGGCUUUUGGUUGGAAUGUGUGUUUAAAUUAAUUUCAACCACAGUAAUUAUAUUUAGAACUUAUGUUAUAGCAUAAGAAAUUGAUUUUAUAAAUGGUACAGAUACAAUAUGUGAUAUUAAACAACAAGCUGCAAAUGAAUCCAAAUUUAUUAGCUGUCUCAGUCCUUCAAGCGCAUGUAACUUUAUUUGAGUGCUCGAGUAUGCAGGUAUUGCAUACAUGUGAGAACAUAUAGAUAGAGAAACUGCUAUGCAUUUCAGGGCAAAGAUAAACCUUUCAGGAACUUAUCCUGUAACUUGUAAGCUAACACGUGUGAAAUCCAGUUUAUUUGAAUCUAUGAUUCUAGUCUUGU